AUGUUCCAAAUCCUCACAAUACUGUUGCUGGAAACACAGGUUUCCAUGGUAUCAGCUUUAUUUACAGUUGAAGUUCCUCAACAGCUCUACAUUGCAGAGUAUGGGAGCAACGUGACCAUGGAAUGCAGAUUCCCUGUGAAUGGCUCAGUGGAUCUAAGACUUCUGACUGUUGUUUGGGAGCAGAAAAGGCAGGGCUCAUUGAAAUCAAAAGAGGUGUACACAUUCCGCAAUGGGAACACACUCCAUCCGUCUCAACAUCCUGAUUACGUAGGAAGAGCAUCACUUCUGCACAGUGAACUGGAGCUGGGACGAGCCAUCCUCCAGAUCACCAAUGUUAAGAUCACAGAUGCAGGAUCAUACCUUUGUCUCAUUGACUACCAGGGCGUGGACUACAAGUACAUUGCUUUGGAAGUAAGAGCAUCUUACAAGAGAAUAAAUACUCAAGUAAUGAGAAUUCCAGGUGAAGACAAGUUUGUUUUUAUGUGCCAGUCAGAAGGCUUUCCUCUGGCAGAGGUUUUCUGGCAAAAUGAGAACUUCAAUCUCAGCGGAUCUGCAAAUACCACCUAUACACUGACUGCAGAUGGUCUCUACAAUGUCACCAGCAUCCUGACAUUCAAACCAAAUAUGAGUGAGAACUACACGUGUGUCUUCUGGAAUAAAGAACUGAAUCGAGAAACUUCAGCUCACUUUUCCACUUUAGCUUUAAUGAAUACACAGUAUAGUGGACAAAAAUUCCUGAUCUCUUUAAUCAUCCCCACAUGUGUGACUGUAGCUGUCCUUCUCUCUGCACUAAUAGUAUUUCAGAAGAGAAAAUCAUUCAAGAAUGAGCAACCCAAAAAAGGCAGGAAAAGAAAGCUGAACCCUAAUGCAAAGGAUGAGAAAAGUGAUGAUUUUAACUCUCAGACUGAGGCUUUAUACUUGUCAACUGCCACAGCUUCAAGAGACAGUGGGAGUGUGGGUCUGUGA